UUUUAUUAUUAUUUUCUUUUAUCUAUACGUCUCCACGCAUAGAAGAAGAAGAACAGCGGAUGAUACUGCCACGAAGCGUUCGUUCCAAUCCGAUAGAAGCCGAAACCCAUUUGACAAGAAAUUCAUGAAAUUGUUUCUUUUACAAGAAAAACAUUUUGUCUUUUUUUGAAUGAAUUCUUUGACAAGAAACUCAUUUCAAUAGCUUUUGGUCGUCUAUGUUUUUUAAGGUAAAGUUUUGGGGUCGUCUAUUUAGUAGCUUUUUUUGGUUACUCUCACCACCAACAACACUCUCUCACCCCCAAUACUACCAUGUCUCGAAUCCAGUCUCAACCGUCCAUAAUCAUCUCCUUCAUCUUCUUCUUACUUGCCCCACUUCCAUACCCGACCCGAGCUCGAAACCCUCAUGUCAUCGAUUUCCGAUCCCCAGAUCUCUAUCCGGAAGGCAUCACUUGGGACCCAUCAGCCCAACACUUCAUCGUCGGCUCCUUCCGCCACCGCACUCUCGUCUCAGUUUCCGAUGCCGGCGUUGUCGAAACCUUAAUUUCCGACACCUCGCUCCCAGAGAACGUCAGCUUCGUCGGCCUCGCCGUCGAUUCCGUCAACAACCGUGUCCUCGCCGCCGUCCAUGCCGCCGACCCAUUACCUCCCUUCAGCGCCCUCGCCGCCUACGAUCUCCGUUCCCGCCGCCGCAUCUUCCUCUCCGCCCUUCCCUCCGAAAACGACGACCUCAAGCAACAGCUCGCCAACGCCGUGGCCGUUGACUUCAAAGGCAAUGCCUACGUCACCAACUCGAUCGGAAAUCUCAUCUGGAAAGUCAACGCGCAAGGAGAGGCUUCCAUCUUCUCCAAGUCGCCGAUCUACACCUCCCACCCGGUGGACCAAAACGCACCGUUCAGUUUCUGCGGUCUAAACGGCAUCGUUUACGUCAGCAAAGGGUAUCUCCUUGUGGUGCAAAGCAAUACGGGGAAGAUGUACAAGGUCGACGCCGACGACGGCACGGCCAGGCAGGUUCUGCUGUCGGAAGAUAUGCCGAUGGCCGAUGGAAUUGCAAUGAGGAAAGACGGCGUCGUUGCGGUGGUUUCGCCGUAUAAGCUGUGGCUGUUGAAGAGCCAGGACAGUUGGGGGGAAGGAGUGGUUUAUGACAAAAUUGACCUUGACAACGAGAGGUUUCCGACCUCAGUGAUUGUGGCGGAUGAGGACAGGGUUUAUGUGAUAUACGGGCAUGUUUUGGAGGCUAUAAAGGGAAAUUCCGGUAGGGAGGAGUUUAGGAUAGCGGAAGUGAGGUCGGAAAUUGAGAGUAGGGAAGAGAAUGUGUGGAUUUAUGUAUUGGUCGGUUUGGGUUUGGCCUAUUUCUUGUUUUGGAGAUUUCAGAUGCGCCAGCUUAUUGGAAACUUGGACAAAAAGACCAAUUGAUUUUUUUUUUUUUUUCCUUUUUUUCUUUUUAAAUUUCCACUCUCUGUCUGUAAAACUUGCUCUUGUUUUUAUUUCUAGUAAAGUUUAAUGAAAGAAAGCUACAAUCUUUUGUUUGA